AGGAUGGCUCCGCCUUCUGAUAGCGAACCUGAAGCUCAACCCUUUUGAGCGAAGGAGAUGGCGCUGGACUGUUUAUGUCUUCCGAAACUGGUUGACCCAGUGGACAGCUUCCUAUGCUGCCUUUCUUUGGACACUGGAGUGAAGUUGCUGAUGUGGCCACACCUGGUUUUGCUGAUGUACACUGUGGCGACGGCUAUUGAGAAUCUCAUUGGGCAGGACAAUGGCACUCCAGGCACUUCCCAGAUGUUUGAGACAAUUUGGUCUUUGAUUGGUAUCCCAGUGAUUUUAGCCGGUCUUUGGGGCGUGUACCACCGCAUCGAACCACAUGUACGCUUAUACUGGUACUACCUUGUGCUUAGCUUUGCUAUCGAUUUGGUCUUCAUUGUGGACCUCUUCAUUCUCCAAGAUGCAUGCGUGCACUUGAAACUCGAAGAAGCAGCACAAGGUGGCCAAGCAUUUGCUUGUGGCGUAGCUCGGAGCAUUAGCAGCACCGCCGCUGUCGUAUCGACCAUCGUGGCCUUGUACCUGAUCUACGUCGUUUGGUCUUGGUGUGAGGAUGCAGAUGGAAGCACUGCGGCUGAUGCUGUUGCAGCACUCUUGGACAUAGCGGAUGGCAGAGCCUUGGGCAAGAAACGGUACUUUGGGCUUGAGGGGCCGGAUGUGAUUGGACCCAGCAUGGAUGCAACAGCUUCGAUCUUCAGUGGGGCUUCCAUCUUCUAUGGCUCUGUGAGCAGCGCUGUCAUUGGUGAGGCCAAAGCAGUUGGCGAGUUUGUUGGGACUUCAAUCGAUGACAUUGAGACUUACGCGAUUGGCCGGGCUUGACUUCCGAAAGCUUUCGGGCCAGAGGCGGAUGAGGCGGAGUUGAUCUGCUUUGACAGACGACCUUCGACAUCAAGCUUUGGCUCAGAUAAAGAUUGGUUUUCUUCGACAUCGCGGAUUGCUCUUUGAACCGACUUGAGGAUGUGCAUGCAGAAGUGCUGGAGAAAAGGAUUUACAGCGAUGCAGAGGUGUUUGUGAUUCACUCCAGGCUCGCCAUUAGAGCCCAAUAGAAGCACUCAAGAGAUGAUUGAAUAUGCCGAC